AUGGUCUCGGUGCUGCUGGCCUACGCCACGUACCAGCGCUGCGUGUUGUACUCGCCGCUAUUGUCAGGCGUGUACUGGUUGCUGACUGGCACGCUUGCGGUUUAUGUCGUGUAUGCAGCCAUCACCAGCAAGAGCCAUCUUCUUCUGGAGAACUUGGCUGGCGACGGCAUCCUAUUUGCACGCUUGGCUGAAGCGAAAGACCAUCUGCCGAGUUGCGCAGCCCUGGUGAACCACACAGGCCUCUGUGUGGAAUUGCCUUGGCUCCAGGCGUGCGAGUUUUCGUCUUCGCGAGGAUUCCUGGCAACCUCGGUCGAGGAAGCUCUCGCAAUGGGGCGGCCUCCGCUUCAGCGUCUCGGUGCCGGCGCGACAACAGUGACUUCGACGCCGCCACCGCCCACACGGACGCAGCGUUUUUACGUGGGUGCAUGUCUCAAUUCGUUUCAGUUUGAGCAUUCAAACACAGGGCUGGGGUUGGGAAUGUUCUGUUGGGUGGAACAGUUUUCAGGGCACUGGUUAGAUGUCGUGGCAGAAAGCUCAUGUAUUCUGUGGGGAAGCUUUUGCACAAUACCACACAGUGCAAACAAGGAGAUGGUGGAACCAUGUAUUUGCGAAAGUUGCACAAGGUUACAAGCCCCAAGUUUUUGCGUGUUUCAACUAGACUACAUAAAAUCCACGGCUGCAGUGGAAGUCGUUUGGUCGAGCCGCAAGUUUCCCAUUACGCUGGAUCACAGUCCCUUCAGCCAUGAACCCAAGUCCGGCCCAAGAUUGGGACGAGCAGGAACGGCACACACAAAACGAAAUCAAGAAUAA